AUGACAAAGGGGCCUAUGCGUGUUAUAAUUGUCGGGGCUGGGCUGGCUGGCUUAGCUAUUGCCCACGGCUUACAGAAGAACAACAUAGACUUUGUUAUUGUUGAUCGGGAAACAGUUCCCAGAGACCGCAACUGGUGCAUUACGAUGUCAUGGGCACUUCCUCUGCUUGAAAAGCUUCUACCAGCGACCCUAUUCAAUACGAUAAACCUGUGCCAGCCAGAUCCCACAGCAGACUCAGUCGAGGUUGGCAAGUAUGGCAUCACUAUACGUGAUGGGUCGACAGGGGAUAUCAGAAGACGAAUGCAAUUCCCUUCAAUCAGACGGGUUAACCAUAAAAAAACAAAGAAGCACUUAUCGCAAGGUCUCUCUGUGCAAUACGGGAAGCGACUAGUUGGCAUAACUGUUAAUUCAAAGAAUGACGACGACGACGUAACAGCUCACUUCCACGACGGUACCGCAGAAACUGGCACUAUCGUAAUAGGCGCUGAUGGUGGAGCAUCUCAAGUACGACGCUGGCUGCUUGGUGACGUUGGUUCUCAAGAAGUGCUACCAUGCAAGUUUAUGAAUUUCUCGUUCAGUUUACCGUCCGAAUUGGCGUUGUGGCUGGAGAAAGACCUGAGUCCAACAGUAGAAGUUGGAGCCCAUCCCAAGAACAUGUACAUGGGCCUUUCAUUGUUGGACAAGCCGGAUUCUGCAAAACCAGAAACAUGGCUAUUCUACAUUCUUGCCUCAUGGGCAAUAAGCAGUAGCACCGACAGUCCGAACUCCAGUGAUCAACUUGCUGAGCUUCGGUCACGCAUGGAUGACUGGGUAGAUCCAUUCAAGAUUAUCGUUGAGACAAUUCCAGAUGAUACAGUCAUCAAACACGACGAAUUGAGAAUAUGGCACACCAAACCAUGGAAUAAUCACAGGGGGCGUGUGACUUUGGCGGGUGAUGCGGCACAUAGUAUGACUUUUCAUCGUGGCCAAGGAGGAAACUUGGCAAUAAAGGAUGCCUAUGAACUCGUCAAUCAAUUGACAUCCGUGCACAAAGGUGAAGAGGAACGGGGGGUUGCUAUAGAUCGUUACGACAAGGGGGCGCUACUCCGAGGUGAAGAAGUCGAGAUUUCGCGACAGUGUACAAUGGCAUUUUUCGACUACAAGAAUAUAGAAAAGAGCCCUGUUUUCAAUAUGGGCCUCAGUCCCGCGAUGAAAUUUUAG